UCUUUCAACUGGGGGAUCUGUCAUUCAGUCUCCAUCGAGCAGCGAACACGAAAACAUGGCGAGUUCGGAGCGCAGUUCGAGGCUUCUUAUCGGCAUCGUUUGCUGGGGCCUGGUGCUUAUCUGCCUGACCCUGGCUGAUUCCGCCCAAAUACCAGAAAGAUCCAAUCCCCUCACUGGCAACACAAUUCAGGCGGUGGAGAGGCUCUACAAUCAGGUUCUCUACUCCACCAUCGAAGAUGCCCGGCGCAGACUUCCUUAUCUGAAUGCCAGCGAAACCAUCGAUCGGCAGUAUUUCGAGGAACUCGAUUUGAUAUCGGGAAACGAGGAUUACUACAGCACUGCAUACUAUAUCUUCGCCUGGAUCAACAGCGAUUUAAUGUCCCGAAAGAAUCCCGACAAACUUCUCGUGGAAGUUCUGCCGGGGGAAAAGAUCGCUAUCCGCAACUUUUUCGACAAGGUCAAGACGCAUUUGACCAAAUACCUGAGACUAAGUCGACAGGACAGGUCGGAAUUGGUCUCCAAUAUCACACGGUGGGCCACCGAAACUGAGGAUAGUGUAGUCAUGUACUACCUCGAAUUUCCACAGAACCUUAAGGGCCAACUUCCUGAACUUCAUCUCAUGGAAUACACAAAGUUGGCCCAGGCCUUAAUCCAGGGCGUGGCCAGGGGAAUCUGGACGAUGCUAUAGUCUAACUCUUAAUAUAUCAUAAAGCAACAAUAUAUGACAUGAUUUUAAACAAAUAGAGAUAAAUAAAAAAUUUCCUAUUACCAUUACCAUAAGUAUAAACGAUAAA